AUGAUUUCUUACUUGAAACGCGUAAGAUGAUACUGUGUCUGUCCGCCUCAUUUUCAAACUCUCCGAGUGACCACCGAGUCAGUAAUGGACGCAACGAUCGAGAAAUUCAGCAAAACCGCCGCCGCUUUCUGCAACCACCUACAGACGAGCUGCGACGCCCUCACCCAGUCUGUCGGUCGCCGCCCCAUCCCUCUAGACUCUGCAUCGACGACGUUCGUGCAAGGCCUGAACUGGAGGGUGUCGUCGGCCAGCAGCAAGCUCAACUUGUUGGAAUCUAUGUCCUUGGGAACGGUGUCGUUUGAAGAGCUGCUUGGCCACUGCAAUGAAGUCUACAAGGAGAACCAAAAUCAACUCCUGUCUCUCCAGGACCACCUCCCCUCCCUGGGAUACACCUCCUCUUUUGAUGCUGACUAUGAAGAUGAAGAAGAGGAAAAUGAAGGACCAUCAGAUGACUUCAGCAGUCUUGGCUUCACAAAGAAAAUUGAAGACGACCCUUUACUAGACGAUACACUGAGCUUACAAAAUCUUGGAUUUUCGGAUGCAUGUGUAGCUGCUCUUGCACCUGAAGAUGUAAUGGACCAUGCAUCGAUUACAUUUGAAGACCCUACUUCCUUGAUAAGUGUGUCACUAGAUGAUUAUGAGAUUCUUCCUAAGAAUAUGAAGAGUUUAGCAUCAUGGGAGGACCUGAUUGUCGCUGUUGAGAAGAUGAAUGCAUGUCUUAGAAGAAAAAACACUAAACCAAGUGUCAUUCAAAUGGAUGAAGUUGAAUCUUUAGGAUUGGGUAUGAAUUCAAUAUUCAAUUCUAUUGUUUGUUCCACUUUUCAAUGAGUUUUAACGCAUAUGAUCCUACAAGUUCUAAAGUCAUUCUAAUAGUAAAAUGGGGUCAAUGUGGACAUUUCAUGUACUAUACCUAAUAUUCUGUUGGGAAAUUUCCCGAAAUAGUUGUAAAAACAAUGUAAAAUUCCUAAGAGUACUAUGAAGUAUGUUUUUUCCCUUAACGUACUGCAAUCUUUCACUGCCAUAUUUUGCAUUGCCAUGCUUUAAAUAUGGCAUUGUACUGUAAUAAUUGGCAGUAUUUUUCAAGAAUAUCAGUUAUUACACUUAUUUAGAAAAUAAAAACAUAGUGAUCCUGUUUUGGAAUUCCAAAACGUUUUUACUCCUAUUUAGGGAAAUUUCUUUGUUUAUUUGUUACUUCCAUAGGAAGAAAAACUCCAAAUUUAGAAGAUAAAGUGGUUGAUUUUUAUGGUUUUAUCAUUGCAGGGCCUAAAGCAAGAUCUUACCUGCUGCUACUCAUUAAAAUGAAUAGGCUGGUUGUUGAGACUGCCAGAGGUUCGGUUUCGUAUAGAAUUUUGUAGCCAUUAUGAAAUCUAAACGUAAUGGAUUAGUUAUUUUUCUUAUAUGUCCUUAAUACCUAUCCUAAAUCUAGUGCAACUGGAAUGGAUUAGGCCUUUGGAGACUCCAUGGUAUUUUCCCCUUCCCUACUAAUAGGUAUAUGUUAUUAUUGAAGCCGAAGCACUUGAAUUUAUGGAAAUAUUGGUGGAUUUUUUGUAUAAAUAUCGGAAACUUCUUGUUAGGAAAAAUUGCAUUCUUAACCUUGUUUUGAAAAUGUAAUGAGAUUAGUAUAUUA